AGGAGCUUCGUACUUGCACAACCAGUUUGCUGUUUAAACAGAAGUUUGGAUUGGAUUUAUCAGUGCGUAUGAGUAUAAACAGGCUACAGCGACUCAAGAGCCACAUUUUGCCUAAACAUACGAUAAGAGUAAUGUCAAGCCCUCUGACCACACACGUGCUGAACACUGCCAACGGUGUCCCCGGGGCCAAGAUAGCCCUCAGCCUACAUCGACUCGACCCCUCAACCAAGACAUGGCUGUGCAUUAACACUGGGCUCACAAAUGCUGAUGGCCGCUUCCCAGGACUCAUCACGCAACAGCAAUUUCUUUGCGGUGUGUACAAAUUGCGCUUUGAAACCGCUGAGUACUGGGAAAGUAUGGGGGAGACGUGCUUUUACCCGUAUGCUGAGAUUGUUUUCACCGUAAGCGACGCGGACCAGAAGUACCACGUACCGCUGCUCUUGAGUCGUUUCUCGUACAGCACGUACAGAGGGAGCUAGAGGUCAAGUGUGUGGUGACCUUCAGCGAUUGGCAUGCCAGGUUCUUGGAAAUAUUCAUCCCAUCCUCAAUUUAAAUGACACGAGUGCGAUGGCCAUUCUACUCCCC